GUCCCAACUUAAGUGAGACCUUACGCACAGCUGGUGCAACCCGACCCUGGUCUCAAAAGGGUUAACAGACUUCAGUGGGAGGAGAAAGUUUUCAUUUCCCGUAAAAGUUUUGUUGUUCAGUCGGUAAAUGAGGCCUCGUGUAACCGGGUCAGUCCGAAGAAUCGUAUAAAGGUGUGCCUCAUUUUCCUGUGAGAUAUGGCGUCUUCAAUGACAACUACAGCAAAUGGAGUGACGGUGGUGACUCAUAUUAUCCCAACAGAGGAAAAAACUCUGGACCUAGAGGCGAGCUUUGUUGAACCCGAGAAGCCCAGUCUGCCACCCACAACCAGGAUGUUUCUGAAGGGAAAGCCCAUGUCGCUGGGGUUGGUGCAGGUGUUUACUGGUUUGGUGAUCAUGGCUCUGUGCUCCAUCACACUGGUCAUCAACACCCUGCCUGCUGAGAUUAUAUUCACCCUUGGACUUCCUUUUGUCAUCUCUGGAUCUGUGGCUAUUAUUGCACACUCGAGGUCCAAUCUUACUCUGAUCAAAGCCACGCUGGGCAUGAGUGUGAUCUGUGCUGUGAUGGCUGUGGGAGGAAUCUGCUAUUUCAGUUGGGUGCUCAGCAUUAGACCGGAGGAAGACUCUUCUUGUGAUGGAGGGAGUUACUGGUCAUGUUCAUACAUGAAAAGUAGAUUUUUUAAUCUGAUGGAUGGAGUGAAGGGUCUUCUUCUGUCAUUGUCUUUUCUUGAACUGUGUGUGUGCAUCACCCUGUCCAUCAUCUCUGGUCGGGCCAUCCGCCAGGUUUCCAAACAGGAUAAAACUGAUGGUGAACUUUACGGCAGUAAGUCCAGUCUUCUGAAGGAUGGGGUGGACUGUGCAUCCAAACCCUGAGCUGUCACAUUUGUAUUCUUCACUAUUUUGGCAUAUAUCAAGCCGAAGGUUGAAUCAUGUGCUUACUGUAGUAAUAUUUUCUUUUUUUUUUCUCUCUUUGUUUUUCUUCAUUUAUUUGAUUUAAUACAACAUAGCCAUUUGCCUUUUAGAUGGCUAGUAAUCUUUAGUAGUAUCACUUACUAUGGAUAUCACCUGGUUUAAGUAAUUUUCAAAUAAUUGCACUUGCCUUUAUUCAGACUUUGGUAUGGGAUCAUUACAUGUUACUUGUGACGACAAUUUUUUUUUUUUCUAAAUAAAAUGCAUUGUCUUUCA